AUGUCUAACUACAACACUGACUCGACCGAAGGGCUUAGAAAUGCCAUCUUCGACUUCAUCAUCGUCGGUGGAGGCACUGCCGGUCUGGUCGUUGCCAACCGGCUGACCGAGCGAUCCGACGUUCGCGUCCUGAUUCUCGAAGCUGGCACCAACCGACUCGACGAUCCUCGCACCCAGAUCCCAGCCCUGGGACCGACAACAUACGCAGACCAAGACUUCGACUGGGAUCUACCAACCCUGCCCCCGGAGCAACUACAUGACCAUUGCCUCUUUAGCACCAAGGGCCGCACACUCGGAGGGUCCUCUGUCAUCAACCAGGGAUUAGUAGUCUACCCGUCGCAGGCUGGGAUAAACACCUGGGAGCAGCUGGGCAAUCCUGGUUGGGCGCACGGCCAAGACGGGCCCCUGCAAGUCUCUUUCGCAAACCAGUAUAUACCCGUCCAUGCAGCCUGCUGGCAGGGCUUCCGCGAGCUGGGAUAUCCUGCAAGCGCAGAUCCCAUCCAGGGCAUAGGAGUCGGGUCAUUUUUGGCAGCUGGUGCGGUGGAUCCGGCUACAGACACCCGCAGCCAUGCUGGCGCAGCUUACCUGUCGGGACCUGUGCAGCGAAGACCGAAUCUGAGGGUCGUGACAGGGGUCCAUGUGGAUCGGCUAGUCCUUGAGCAAGACCGGUCAACUAGGACCGUCCGGGCUAUGGCCGUCAAAGUAUCUCACGGCAAACAGACGUAUCACAUCAGGGUCAACAACGAGGUGAUUCUGGCUGCAGGCGCUGUCCAGACACCGCAACUCCUUGAACUCUCCGGCAUCGGAAACGGUUCAUUGCUCCGCGCCCACGGCAUCAAUCCGACCAUCGAAAUUCCCGGAGUGGGUGAGAACCUGCAAGACCACGGGAUUUUCAGCUUCGGGUACGAGGUAGCAGACGGAGUAUCCUCCGAUGAGAUGGCGCAUGACCCAAAUGCCGCUGCCGCUGCCAUGGCCGCGUAUCAGCAGGACGGCUCCGGUCCACUAGCCAUGGUGCCAUACAUCUGUGCUAACAUGCCGUGCGUCGAUCUGCCACGCGCGGAGCGAGCCAGUCUUCUGCGCACGAUCGGCGAAUCUUCUGGACUGGGCCCGAAACAGGCGCAGGUCCUACAACAACUCCUCGAAGACCCAGAUGAGCCCACCUCGCAGUACACGCUCUUGCCCUUCCAGCUCGACCCACGUCAAGGAGUCAAAAGCAUCAAGGCCCUCAUGUCGCCCGCCCACCCGGGGAACUUCAUUACGCUCGUCUCGACGCUAUGCUAUCCGCUGUCGCGGGGGUCGGUGCAUAUCCGCUCCGCUAACCCCAGGGAUCACCCGGCUCUUGACCAUGGGAUCCUCCGCCACCCCGUUGAUCUUGAGCUACAUGCCCGCCACGCGAUGUGGAUGGAGAAGUUGGCCGCGACGCCGUCGAUGGCUGCGGUGCUCAAGGAGAACGGCGUCCGGCUACAUAGCCCCGAGCCACUCACCGAUCUGGAGCAGGCCAAAAAAGACGGGGGCGUGGUCGAUCCCCGCUUGCGCGUGUACGGUACCACGAACAUUGGUGUCGUCGAUACCAGUAUCUUCCCGUUGGUGCCGCGCGGGAAUAUCCAGGCGACUGUGUUUGCCGUCGCGGAGAAGGCUGCGGAUCUGAUCAAGGAGGAUUUUGAGGGUAAGCCGCAUGGGAUCUAAGCAUGCUGUUCACUGCGUUCGCAUUAUGUUCUUUGGAUUAGGACACUCUGCUCAAGACGCGGCAAGCAUAGGACUUCCGGAGUGCUUAAGAUAUAUAUCGGUCGGACUUUCCUUAGUAGACCCACGGAUUUGAAUUUUUUGUAACCGUGUCAUUGCAAGGAGAGUUCCAUGCCCUCUCUGCAAACGUUCCCGCGAAGAGCGUUCAGGAUAUGAACAAUCACAUUGCAUGAGUACUGAGGACAAUUGUGCAUUCGUCCGGAAUCGAUAAGUUGGGCAUAUGGCAAGACCGCCGCGGGCGAUCCGUCCGUGGUCGGAAUAAGCGUAGACUAAAUCGAGUUAGAGCCUUUUCUGCCGUGCGACACCGGCUCCACUUUGACCACGCUAUGCAGUUGGCACCACUCACUCCUGAUAGGUUAAAUUGCUGGACAUUGCAAAGGCAUGCUUAAGCCCGCGGGUAUAGUUACACCUACUUACCUACU